AACACAAAUUUCUGACACAGGAUUAGAAGCUUUCAAGGAGAAAAUAACAAAUAUGUGUGAGAAUAAUAUUCUUACAAAAUGCAGCGAUUUAUCAAGCAGCGGAUCUGAAAUUAAUGAUUCCUUAUGUUACUCUAAUGUACUGCCAAAUUUUCAAUCUUUUGCUGACAACAUUUCUGAUUCCAUUGAUGGUUUUGAUGAUAAUUCAAAUAUUGAUAUAUCUUAUCCAAAGAUCCAGAAAAGCGAUAUAGAAUCAGAUGUAAAUGUGUUUUCUGGCGAAGACAACAACGGAAUAAUAGAAUUAGCUAUCCAAUAUAAACAUAAUGAUCCUAUCAAUACUAGUUUAACUGAAUCCGAGGAAGAUUACGAUUAUGGACCAAAUGUAAAAAAAUGUAAGAUUUUAAGUUUUUAAUCAAAUUCUAUUUCUUAAUUCUUGCUUUAAAUUAAUAUUAUAUAUAAUUGGUAUAAUUAUUUAUAUAAUAUAUGUGCAGGGGCUGUAUAUAUAUGUAAUAUAUUUAAUAAUAUAAGUUUUUUUCUGCAAUA